AUGCUGUCCCCACUCCCAGCCCUGCUGCUGCUGGCGGCGCUGGUGCUUCCUACCGCAGCGACCACCAACAGCACGCGGGUUAUCGGGGGGCGCCCCUGCACCCCCAGGAGCCAGCCCUGGCAGGUGGCCCUCUUCAAGGACAUGCGGCUGCGCUGCGGCGGGACCCUCAUCCACCCCCAGUGGGUGCUCAGCGCCGCCCACUGCUACGUCCAAGGGCUGAUGAUGGUGCGUUUGGGCGAGUACGACCUGGGGCACCUGGACGGGACGGAGCAGUUUCGCCUGGCGAGUCGCCUCGUCCGCCACCCCGGAUACAACCACACCACCAAGGAGCACGACCUGAUGCUGGUGCAGCUGCGCCGGCCGGCGAAUUUGGGCCCCGCGGUGCGGACCCUGCCCCUGGGCACCCGCUGCCCUGCACCGGGCACCCCCUGCCUCGUCUCGGGCUGGGGAACCACGACCAGCCCCCAGGGUACGAAGCCAAACUCAGGGGUUGGGGCCCAAAAUGGUGGUUGGGGCCCAUGGGGAUGGGGUUCUUUGUGGAUGCAUGUUGUUGGGUUGACCCUAAAGUGGGGGAUCUGGGCCCAAAGUGGAGGAGGAGACUAUGGUGAUGGUGGUCUUUGUGGUUGCAUGUCAAUGGGUUGACCCUAAAGUGAAGGAUCUGGGCCCAAAGUGGAAGAGGAGACUAUGGUGAUGGUGGUCUUUGUGGUGUCAUGUCAAUGAGUUGACCCCAAAGUAGGAGAUUUGGGCCCAAAAUAGAGGGGGAGACUACAGUGAUGGUGGUCUUUGUGGUUGCAUGUCGUUGGGUUGACCCUAAAGUUGAGGAUUUGGGCCUAAAGUGGAGGGGUAGACUACAGUGAUGGUGGUCUUUGUGGUUGCAUGUCAAUGGUUUGACCCCAAAGUAGGAGAUUUGGGCCCAAAACAGAGGGGGAGAUCAUGGUGAUGGAGGUCAUUGUGGUUGCAUGUCGUUGGGUUGACCCUAAAGUUGAGGAUUUGGGCCUAAAGUGGAGGGGUAGACUACGGUGAUGGUGGUCUUUGUGGUUUGUAGCAUCAUGACAAUGCGUUGACCCCAAGGUAGGAGAUUUGGGCCCAAAAUGGUGGGAGAGCCUAUGGGGAUGGGGUUCUUUGUGGAUGCAUGUCAAUGGGUUGACCCUAAAGUUGAGGAUCUGGGCCCAAAGUGGAGGUGGAUACUACGGUGAUGGUGGUCUUUGUGGUUGCAUGUCAAUGGUUUGACCCCAAAGUAGGAGAUUUGGGUCCAAAACAGAGGGGGAGACCACGGUGAUGGAGGUCAUUGUGGUUGCAUGUCAUUGGGUUGACCCCAAAGUUGAGGAUCUGGGCCCAAAGUGGAG